AUGCUUAUGACACAUUUUACAACAGACAAGUGCAUAAAGUGUAAGUACACCGAUUGUGUAGAAGUCUGUCCAGUUGACUGCUUUUAUGAAGGCAAGAAUAUGCUUAUAAUUAAUCCUGAUGAGUGUAUUGACUGUGGUGUUUGCAUACCUGAAUGCCCAGUAGAAGCAAUUGUAACUGAUGAUUCAGUAAAAGAUAUUCUAGAUAUAGAUGAAGAGUCGCUUACCAACGAGCAAAAGAUCUUUAAGUUGUUUUAUAAUAUCAACAAAGAAUAUUCACAGAAAUGGCCAAAUAUUACAGCUAAAAAGGAACCACUAGAUACAGCCGAAGAAUAUAAACACAAAAAUGAUAAGUCAAAAUAUUUUAUAGAGAAUGAAGAAUAA